AUGUUUCAAAAAUUUCUUUCAGACACCCUAAAUAAAAUAUUGGGGAAUUUUAUUUAUGGCCUAAAUGAUGAACAAUAUGGGCUAAGUGAUUUAUUAACAGGAAAAUUGGAAUUAACAAAUAUUCACCUCAAGCAGUCUGUUAUAGAUUUAAUUGAUAUACCAUGUAGAUUGAAUUUCGGGUGCAUUGGAUAUUUUAAAAUUAAUUUACCGCUUUUUUAUUUUAUGAAAAAUCCCAUAAAUGUGUAUAUUGAAGACGUCGUUAUAGUUUUAUCAACCAUCCCAUCUAAAUACUUAGAUGACAAGUUAUAUAAAGAAAAAUAUAUAGAAAAUAAAAAAAAUGCAUUGUUGUCCUCGGAAUAUAGAGCCAUAGUUUGUUCUAUAGAAGGAGGGGUUAUAUGGCAAAUGCUUUUGUCACUUGUAAAUAAUAUAAAUAUAUCUAUUAAAAAUAUUCAAAUUAGAAUAGAAGAUUUUACAACUAAUCCAUCUAAUUGCUUUGCAUUCGGAAUAAAUAUUGAAGAAUUAUUUUUAAGUUUACCCAAAGAAGGUUUACCAUUUAAAAGAGAUGGAUAUUACACAAAAAAAAAUGAAUUAGUUAAUAAUACAAUGAUAAAUAUGAUAACAGUUAAAAAACUGGGAGUAUAUAUGGAUAGUUUAGAUAUGAAAAAAAUUAUGAACAAAAAACAUUAUACACAAUGGAAUAAUCUAUUAUUUAAUAAUUUUAAUACAGUUGACACACCACAUAAAUCUAACAUCGGUUCCAAAAAAGAAAGAAAAAGGAAAAAAUUAAAUAAAAAGCUGUAUAACAAAAAAAAAAAAAAUAUAAAAAGUAAUCAAGAAAAUUUGAAUGAUUUCCAAAAUGUUAUAAAUAUUAUAAAACAUAAUUAUUAUAAAAAUUCUAGAAAUGAAUUAAAUAUUAAUAAUAUAUCGAAAGCAAAUACAUUAUUUCCUAAAGGGAAUGAUGCAAUAUUUGAAUUACCUCAUAACAAUAAUAACACACAAAAUAAACAAAAUGGUGAUAUAGUAAAUAACAUAAAUAAUUCUGAAAAUAAUGAAGAUAAUAAACAAAAUUCAAAGUACACAUUGCCUAUUAGCAGUUUUUAUAACUUUAGUAUUUUUUCAAAGAGUCAAAAUAAAAAUUUCCCACAAAUAGAUAAUUUGAGUAUUGAUAACAAUAUAAGUUGGACUGCAUGUAUUAUAAAUUUUGCUGACUCCCUUGAACAUGUUAAACUUAAGGAUAAAAGGGAAGAAUUGGUGAAAAGAAAAAUCGAUCGCAAAAGGAAUAAAUAUAUGAAUAACGAAGAUGUAAAUAAGAAGACAACAAGAAAAAAAUUAAAAUGUGAUUCAAUUGAAAAGGAAAACAAUGUUUAUAUGCAAAGUAACAAUGAUUUCAAUGACCAUUUAAAAUUUAAGGAAUUACAAACUAUUUCAGAUAACCCAGAAUUCAGUUACAUACAUAAAACUUUAUCGUUCUUUUCGAUCAAAUCUUCUGAUAGUAAAAAUUAUAUAAAAAAUAAUUUGAAAAAAUAUAGUAAUGAUGGUAAAAAUGAUAAAUUAAGUAAUGCACAUGAAUGUGGAGGAAGUGAUGGUUAUUACACUGCUAAAGAAGACACAAAUGAUAUUGAAUUUGAUAAUAAUGAAAAACAACGUCUAAAUAAAUAUAAAAAAGGAAUAAUAAAAAAAAUACAAAAUAAAUAUGGUCCUUGUAGUAAUGAAUAUUAUGAUACUGUUGAUAAUUUAAAAACUUUUCGUUACAAUAUUCACAAUUCUUGUUUUUAUAAUAACGGAGAUAAUAUUUAUUUAAAUUUUUUUAGUGACCCAGAAAAUAACAUACGAACAAAAAAUAAUAAUAAAAUAAAAUUCAAAGGAUCACCUUCUUAUUACCGCAGACAUAAUAGUAUGAUAAAUAACUUUGAAAGAAAUAUGAAAUUGGAAAAUAAGAAAAAGGAAAAAGAGAAAAUUAUAAAACAAGGAAAAUUUAAUAAGUACAUAAAAAAAAAUGAAAUAAAAGAAAAAAUAAGAAAAAAAAAAAAGGAAAAAAUUAAUUCAAUUUAUUUAUUACACGAAAAAGCAUAUAAAAUAAAUAAAUCAAAGCUAAAUGCUUUUUACUUAUUUUUGCGAUUAAUAAAAAAUAUAAAACAUGAAUACAUUAUUAACCCAGAUUCUUUUGAUGGACACGCUGAAAUAUAUUUAAGUUUAAUUCCUACAGAUCAUGGACAUUUACCAUUUUCACGGUGUUUUUCUAGUUGGGGUAUUCAAAAAAGAAGUGCAAAUGAAUAUGAUGAAUGCCUACCUAGGUUAAGUGUUUUUUUUACAUUAAAAAAUAUAAAAAUAAUUUUUUCAGAUAAUCAAAUGUCUAAUAUUGUAAAAUGGUUGAAUUAUAAUUUUAUUACAUAUUCUACUUGGAAAACUGGAAUAUUAUCUCAGUUUGAAAAAACUGAAGCAACCAAUGAAGAAGAAAUUUCAUAUAUAAAUAAUUGGGUAUUAAAAUUACUAGAUACCCAUUCUUCAAAGGAGGAAAAGCUUGAAGCAGAAAAAUAUUGUGAAGAAUUUGAAAGCACACAUUCUAUUAACAUAAUUAAUUUGUUAAGAAACAAGGCCUUUUGUAAGUUGCAAGCAUUAAAAACGGAAGUAGAACUAAAAAAAGAAGACCCAAUAAAUGAGAUGGAAGCUGAUAAAAUAUGUGAAAAUGGUAACGAGAAUGAAACUCGUGGUCAGUAUAUAAACGAAAAAUUUAAUGAGAUAAAUAAUGUUAUUAAGAAGGAUGAUCAUAAUAAAGAAAUCAAAAAAGUAGCUAAUGAAAGUAUAAAUUUUUUGAAAAAUUUAAUGAAGAAUCAAAAAGCUUAUAAUAAGAUAAAAAAUUCUUUUAGAGAAAAAGUUUUUACUAUAGACAUAUGUUUAGAUAUAUGUAUAAUUAAUAGUACAUUUUUAUUGACAAUAGAAACAUCCAAGAUUGUUAAUACUAGAACAGUUAACUUUGUUAAAACAUAUGCCAUAUUAAUGAAUUGUAUACAUUAUCACAAUCAAAUAUCAAAUACCCAUGAGUUAAAAAAUUCUAUAGAUAUAGAAUUAUAUCCAUUAACUAUACUUCUUAUAACUAAUAACUUAAAUAACAAAUAUAUAAAACCGGAAGUAAAUGUAUUAUAUAUAUUAACAAAUUCCGAAAAAAAAAAUACUUAUGAUGAAUAUCGCAAAACAUUUCUUUUUGAUAUGAAAAAUUUUGCAUUUUUAAAGAAAUACAAUAUAUUAAAAAGAAAAAAAACUGAUAAUAAUAUAAAAACAAUAAAUCAACCUGAUGUUCAAUAUUUUGGUAAUUUGAGGAAAAAAUUAAAAUUUUUAGUAGAAGACAAUUUUUUUUUCUUUCCAAAAAGAGAAAACAAUGUUUAUUAUUCUGAAUUAGAUGACAUAAUAUUAUCAAAUCCAUCUAUAUACUUAAGAUACGAUAAUCAAUCAUAUACAAUAUUAGAAAAACCAGACCAUCGUUUUUUUUUGCACAAUUGCGCUUAUUCAAUAUUUAACGUAAAUGCAGAAAUUAUUAAAUCUUUUGUUGAUGAUUAUUUUCAUUUUUUAGAUGAGAAAGAAGUAUUGUCAAAAAAAAAAAACUUAUUUUCUUUUAAAAAAAAAGAAUACUUUUUAGAAUUGGGGGCAAAAUAUUGUAAUAAUAUAUUAGAUAAUUAUACAAAACAUACUAAUGUGUUUCUAGAUGUCCAAUUAGAAAAAGUAUUAUCCUUUGUUAUUACAAAAUCUGGAAAAAAUUCUGAAAUUCAAGGAUAUAGUUUAGAUCUUAAUCCAUUGAAGAUUGUCAGUCAAUUAACACAAAGAUUACCAAAAUAUGAUGAGAAAUUAGGAAAAGGGAGCAUCUAUGAUUCAUUCUUUGUUCAAUUUGAUGGUAUACAAUUAAAAAGGGUUUUGAAUUGGGAUAAUUCUGCAAAAUAUUAUAAUACUUAUUUGGAUAAUCAUUUUAUAAAAUUGUAUUACAAAAUAUUUAAUUCCAAAAAUAAUGUUUUAUUAUCAAAAAAUAAUAAUUCCUUAUUAAAUUUCGAUUUCAAAUUAAAUCAUUCAAACAGUGGUGGUAAUAAUAAGGAAGAUGCAUCAUAUAACGAAACUAGGAAUACUAUACAGUCAAAAAUAAACAAUUUUAGUCAUGUCUAUGAUAAUUUAUAUCCAGAAGAUAAUCACAAUAAUAAUAUGAACAGUAGAAAUGAAUCCGAAAUAUUUAAUCUCAAAGCAGAUAAAACCGAUUCAUUUGACAAUAGCUCACUCAGUGAAUAUAACCUCGUAAAAAAUCGAAAGAAUAGAAGCACAAGAUCAUUAAGUUGUCCUGAAUCACACAAUGAAAAAGUUUCUUUACUUUCAGAAGGUGAAAGAGAUAAAGUAAUCAAUAGUAAAAAGAUAGCAUCUUAUGAUAUGCAUAAUAAUAGCUGUAAAAAUAAAAAAUAUAAAUUGAAAUUUUUUAAAAAUUGUACUAGUGACGAACUUGACGAAAAUGAAUUAAUUGUCGAGGAUUCCAUUCUAUAUAAAAAUCAUAAAGUAAUAUCGAAAACUAUUAAUAGCUCAUACAAUAUAGACAGUUAUAUUCAUACGGGCGACAAUAGUUACGACAAUAAAAUUUAUGGUGAUAGUAUACACAGAUUUGACACUCACAAAAAAACUAAAAAUUAUAGAAACAUUAAACUAGACAAUAAAACAAAAAAUAACUGCAACAUUAAUAAUAAUAGCUCUAAUUAUGUUUUGUCAAUGAGUGAAAAAACAUCUUGCAUAAUUCACUUAUGCCAUAUAAAAUUCAAUCCACUAUAUCCCAUGUUUAUAGUUAAAUUAAAUGAAGAUGACUUGAAUAUAAAUAUUUGUGAUUAUGAUAUAGAAUUUUUUUUCUUAAUUUUAUCUAAUAUAUAUGAACAUUAUAAUACACAAGAGUUGUCAUACAAAAAAAAAAAAAUAUUAUUCUUAAAAAAAAAAAUAGAGUCAUUAUCUAAACUGAACAUUAAAUAUUAUAAUAAAUAUUUUCCAAUUAAUAAUGACAAUAAUAAACUUUUAAAAAAAAAAAUGUAUUCCAAAAAAAAAACACCAAGACUAAAUGCUCUUUGUAGCACUAAGAGUGAACAAAUAAAAAAAUUUAAAAAUAAAUCACAAAACGAAAAAGGUGAUACAUUAGAUAGUAAUGUGACAAAAUCAAAAUUGGAAAAAAAAAAUUCAGAAAGAAAGAAAAAAAAAAUAAAUAAAAGAGAUAAGAAAAAAACAAAUUGCCAGAAUGAUCCCAUGAAAAAAGGAACAUAUGUUAGAUAUUUGAGUGAUACCAACAUUAGAACAACUAAAGAAUUGUCAGUAUCUAAACUCCACAAUGAAGGUUUAAUAUAUAUUGAUGAACCAAGUGUUUUUUCGAAAUAUAAAUCAUGUAAUAAUGAGAAAGAAGAAAAUGGUUAUAGGAAUACAAAAGAAUACCCCAAUAGUAUUAAUGUGUUAAAAGAAAACCAACAAAAAAACAUAUCACCACAUUUAAAUAUUGAUUCUGAAUUAUAUAAAAAGGGGUUCUUGUUACAGGAAAAAGAUGAAUACUAUUUAAAACAUAGCAAUUAUUCUGACAGUGUUAUAUUUAGUAACAAAAAUAGCAACUAUUUCAAUGAAUUUCCAUCAACAAAAAAUAUUCUUCGUAAUGAAUUCUAUGACCAAAGUAAAAUAAAAUAUAACAAAAAAAACGAACUUAUCAAAAUACCCGAAAUUCAUAGCAUAGAUAUGAUCAAAAAUAUGAAUACAAAAAUAAUUAAAAAAAAAAAACGAAGAAAGAAUGAAUGGAAAAAAGAAGAAAAAAUAAUAUAUCCAAAUUAUAUAUCAUCUGAUGAUGACUCUUGGGAUGACUUAUUAGAAAAUUAUGAUAGUGAUGAAUCAUUAGAUGAUAACGAAAAAAAUGAUGUGCAAAAAAUGUUAAUAGACAUCGAAAAUAUUAAAAAAAAAAUAUUUAAUAAUAAUUUUAUAAUAACUUGCAGUUUUUCAUUUUUAAUUAAGAAAAUAGUUGUAAGAUUAUGGAAAAGGAAAACCCCUUUAAAAGUUCAAGAUAAAUCAACUAUUUUGAAAGGUAGCAACAGUUAUCAAUUAAACGAAAAAUAUAAUUAUUUAGAAAAUAAAAGCACAUUAAUGCAUCAAAAUAUUAAUAAUUCAAGCAAAUCGAAAUUAGACAAAAAAGAUAUAUACAAUUUUGAUAAUGUUAUAGGAAAACAUGAUAUAAAUAUGAUUAAUAAUAAUGAAUGGAAUAAAAAUAAUUUUAUAAAUAGUCAUAAUUUUAUUACACUAAAUGAUUGCUUACAAAAGAAUAUGUUUAAUAAUAUGCAACAUGCUGUUCCAAUGUAUACAUUUAUAUUUUCAGAACUAUGUUUUAUUGCAAGAGUUGAAAAAGACAAUUCUAUUUAUGUUUUAUAUUCUAUGAAUAACAUGGAAAUAAGAGAUGAAACGAAUAUUACAUUAUUAAGUAUGAGUUCUAUAUAUCAUGGCAAUACAAAAUCCAUUGAAAAAAAUGCAUCAAAUUUUGGACAGAAAAAAAUAGACAAGAAGAAAAAAAAAAACAAUAAUAAAACAAAACAUAUCGAUAAAAAUAGAGGUAUAAAUAAAAAUAUAACUUCUGACAAUAUUUUACACGAUUUGCAUCAACAGAAAUGUGAUGAUACUAUCGAAACAGAGGAUAUAUUUUUAGAUUAUUCUAUAAGUAAUAUUGAAUUGCCUGAUUUAAGGAAAACUCAUUUAGUCUUAUUAUAUUUUGGAUCGCUUUUUAAAAAUAAUCAUACAUUCAAAUUCAUAUUAAAUAGAAAUAAAAUAAUGAUUUUUUGGGAAGUUAUAGAUGAAUGCAUGACAUGGAUAAUAAAUAUAAACGACAUGCUACAAAAAUUGCAUACAAUAGAUGAUGAAAUAAUUAAUAGGCUAAAUAAUAGUGAAAUUAAACAUUUAGAAAGCUUACAAAGAUUACAAAAAAUAAAUUAUGAUAUAAUAUACAAUAAAGAAAAUAAUUAUAUUUCCUUACCAUGUAAAGAUUAUAAAAUAUUAAUAUGUAGUUUAAUAAACUAUUAUAACUUAAAAUUUCAAAAUAGUAUAAAUUGUGAAUAUCUAUAUAAUGCAUAUGAAAAUGAUAUCGAGGAUAUUUUACAAUACACAGAUUUGGAUAUCAAACAAAAUGAUUUUUGCAUUUUAACCAAUAAUAACAAUUUAAAAAAUAAUAGUAAUAAUAAAAACGGUGUUAUAUUCAUCGAUAAUACUGAAAAUAUAAAUCAUACAAUAAAAGAUAUAUUAUUUCAUGAAAAUUAUUUUUUUAAUUAUACCUUUAACAAAAUAAAUUCGAAAAAACACAUAUACGCAGUAUUAUAUGAUGAUAAUAUAAAAUCCGUAGAUACAUGGGAGAUAGUGAAAGAUCAAAAAAUAGAAACAAAUGAAGACGUUGAAAAUAAAAUUAUAAAUUCAAAAAGCCUACAAAAAUAUGACUUAAGAGAUAGAAUUACUAAUAAGAUGAUUAAAAAUGAUGAAUUUAUUAGAAUCCCCAAUUAUUCAAAUCAAUUGUCUAACAACACUGAUCGAUCCGUAACUUUUGAUGAUUUUAGUAGUGAACAAAAUUGCAACAACUGUUUUCAUUUAACCAACUUAGAUUAUACUGCAUAUACUAAAGAAUUGUGUAAAGCAAACGAUUAUCCAUAUGUUCAUAUAGACAUAGAUAUUAAUUAUUCUGAAAUUUGGAUAUCCUUAGAACCUAUUAGAAUACCCCAAAGAAAAAAAAUUUAUUUAUUGGAAAAUAAUACCCCCAAUGCAUAUUAUUCUUAUAUGAAAAAUAAGAAACCAAAAAAAAAAAGUAAUAAUAAAAGAAAGGACUCAGAAAUCAAGGAUAAGCGAAAAACAUAUUCAAAAAGUUACAAAAAAAGCACAAUUAGUAACAAUGGACUGAUAUUAAAUAUGAAUAGUUCAAAAAAAAACAUGAAUCAUGAUGAAAAUGAUAGUGAAAAAACACAACAGAAGACGAAAAAUAAAUUAUAUCAAAAAAUAAAAUCCUGUAAAAACGUGAAUAUAGAAAAUCCAUAUGUUUUAGCAACAAAAGGGUGUUUUAAAUCUGUUAUAUUUUUUUUAUUGUAUAAUGAAAAUGAAAAAAAAAUCAAGGAAAACGAAAUAAAUAAUAAUCGAAUAAUAAAAGAUGAAAAUAAUAACAGAAAAAAUAUAACUAACUUAACAACUUAUAAUACAUGUGUUAACCCCCAGCAUUUUAGUAGUUUAAAAACAUUGAAUAAGGAAAAUGACGAACAAAUUAAAUUGAAAUAUAAUACAAAUGAAAUUUUAAAAUAUUCUAAUUUAAAUAAUGAUAUAAAUGUAAAUGAUUUUUAUAAAAAUAAACUAAAUGAGUGGGGUAAUUUGAUGUCACCUUUACUUCCAUGUAUAGUAAAUAUCAAUAUACUCUUUUCUCAAAUUACUAGUGCAAUUUCAAAACCCGUGACAAAAAAUCCAUUCUUAAAAGCUUAUAUUGAUUGGAAUAAUAUUCCGUAUAAUAAUAUAAUUUUACAACCAUGCAGAGCAAAUUUUAAUUUAGAGAUAAAAAUUCCGAGUUUAGAAAUACUGUUAAUGCGGUGUUUAGGAAUUAAUAAAAUAACAAGUUUAAAUUUUCAAAAAAAAACUAAUUUUUUUUACAAUAAUCAGGUUGAAGGAAUCGAUAUGAAAUUUUCUUUUGAACCCAUUGUUUUAAAUGUCGAUUCACAUAUGUUGACUUUAUUACAUCAGCUAUAUACUAUUGUCAUUGAUUUUUACAACUAUUUUACAAAAAUAUGUUCUAAUAAAGAUAUUGAAAAUGAAGACGAAAUUUUCUUCAGAAUUAAUUCACAACAUACCAAUUAUGAUGACAGCUUAUCGGAAUAUAUGAUGAAUGAUAUUUUUUACUCUGAUAUUAGUGACGUCCCUAUACAUAUUAAUGUAAGUGAUCAUUCUUUAUGUGAUAUUCAAUUAUUUUCAAAUAAAAAUAUUUUACAAAAAAAAAAUAAAUUAUAUGAAAAUGAUAAUUUGAACAAAUCAUUUACUAGUUUCGGUUUAAAUAAAGCUACAUCACAAGAAGAAAGGGGCAUCUAUGAAAAUUCAAAAUUUGAAAUAAUUGAAAAAGCCUUAAGUUUUAAUGGGGAACAAAAUUAUGGUAAAGAUGUAAAUGCUUACCAAAGAAAUGCAUCUGUGUCCCAUAAGGAAAAUUGUGAACCAUUUAUAAAUCAUACUAUGGAAAAAAAUGUUGACAACAAAAAUGAAAACUAUAAUGAUAAUCAUAAUGAAAAUAAACGAGAAGACGCAAAAGAUGCUUACAAUAUUUUAGAUGAAAAUACAUUUAACAUUCUUAUAAUGAAUUUUAUAGAAAACACAAAAAUAAAUUGCCAAAUAGGAUUUGAUGUAAUAACUUUUCAAAUAUGGGAUUCUAAUACAGCGUAUAAUAGGUGUUCUCUAAAUUUUGUUAUAGAAUAUUUUAAUGCCAAUUUUUCCUCCUUAAAUGAAUGUGAUAAAAAUUUAAAUGACACUAAUUUAUAUGACCCCGAUCUAAAUUAUUCCGAUUUAAAACAUUGCCUUAAUUAUAAGCCAACUGGUAAUGAACUAUUUUAUAAUAAUGACACCGUAUGCAUAAAUAAGGUUAAUGAAGUGGAUAUUGCAAAUAAGUGCACCGAUAAGUGCAAUGAUAAUAAUAAUGAUAAAAAUAAAUACAUGAUUUUCAAAAGCAAUACGCCAGAUUUUAUAGCAGAAAAUGCGAUUACCCAAGGUGAUGUAUAUAAUAAGGAAGAAUAUUUAGUUUAUCCAUAUUAUUUCCGUGAUAACCAUCCAAACAAUAUUAAUAAAAAAAAUAUACAUUUCAAUAAUAGUGCAAUUAAAUGUGAUAAUAAUCCUCAUUCCAUAUUGUCUAAGAAUAAAGAUGUCACUCAUACAUUAUAUAAUUUUAACACAUGUAAUGAAUCUGAAAACAAUAGUAAGUCAUUAGACAAGUUAUAUAAAACCAGCUUUGAAAAUAAUCAUAAUAAUGUAACAUUUUCUAGUAAACUUCAAUGCGAAUCAGCUAAUAAGGUGAAUAAAAAUAUAUAUGAUGAAAUACACUUAAGCAAAAAUGGAGAUGAAUAUUCUGAAAAGGAAAAAGAUAAAUACUUAGGUAAUAAUGAUGGAAAUGGGGAAAGAAUGGGCAUAUUCAAUAAGAGCAAAUUUUUAAAAAACAUAGAAAAUUUUAAUUUUGAAGUAAAAAAACUAUUUAAAAAAAUUAUUUUUAGAAAAAAGAAUGAUGAAGAUAUGCAUGUAUACGAAAGAACACAUUUUGGCCCUUUAAAUGGAAGAAAUAAUAAAUAUGAGAAUGGCAAUAAUAUAUUUUUAAAAAAUAACUGCACACUUAAAGAUGUAAAACAAAAUAAUGAUAACAAAAUAAAUAAUAAUAUAGAGUGUAAAAUUGAAUUUUUAGUAUAUUGUGAACACUUUAACAAAAAAGAAAACUCUUAUCAAACUUUUAUUGAACCGAUGUGUACAGAAAUUAUAGCAAUUAAAAAAGAUUUAAUUUCUCCAAUUCAUUUAUAUUAUUAUUUUUCAUGGAUAAAUAUUAAUAUGAAUCUUAACUUCUUAGAUAAUAUUUUAUCAUUAUGUUGUAGUGUAAUUUUUUCUAUAAUAACACAAAGAACACGAUUAUUAUUGGGUAAACAUAUGAGUGAUUCAUAUUAUCGAAAAAAUAAUAAAAAAAUAACACAGACAGGAAAAUCCGAAAAAAAUGAUAACAUUUCAUCAAAGAAUCCUUAUAUUCACGGAAAUUUAUUACAACAACCAGAAUAUGAUGACAACACAACAGAGAAAAAAAAUAUAAGUGAAAUAGACGAUGCACAUACAUCAACUAUUUUACGAAAUUUUUAUGAAGAAAUGAAUGAUGACCAAUAUAAAGAUGCAUUUAUUAUUACAAAUCAAAAUAUACUUUUUAGAUAUAAUAAAUUCGAUGUUUUAAAUAGUGUAAAUAAAUCCCUAGAUACAUAUAUUUUUGGUGAUUUUAUAUUAGAAAAAUUAUUAAGAAAUUACCAAUAUUCAUGUCAAUAUCCAGGGGAUUAUUUAGAAAAAUAUGAAAAUGUAUUUAAUUUAGAUAAGUCACGCGGAAAACCAGAGAAUUUAUUAUAUAUUAAAUUAUUUAAUUACAUCAAAAAAAAAAAAAUAUCAGAAAUGAAUCACAUUUGUAAAAUAAAUAAUUUGUUGGGACAACCUAUAGCUAUAUGUACAAUAGAUGAACAAGAUUAUUUACCAAGCGAUGAUUAUACUAGUAUGAACAUUGAAAACAAUAAUCCAGAUAACAUUUUGAAUCAUCAAAACUAUUUAAAUAGACACACCGUCCUUUUAAACACUAUAAAUACAUUAUCAAAAAUUAAGCAAUCGAAUGAUUCCUCAACAGUUUUUAACAAUAAUACGAAUAUUGACAAAAUGAAAUGUGAUGACAAUAGAAAAUUGAAGGAGAUAAAUGGAAAAAAUGGCAAAAAGAAAGAAAAGGGAGAAAAGGAAAAUAAAUGGCAUCACCGUGAAAGUACAAUAAUAUAUGAUGAAAAUAAAAAGAAAAAAUUGUCUAAAAGCUACAAUAAUAAAAAAGAAAAUCAUCAAAUCAGACAAAAUACAUUAUAUAGUGAAAUUUAUGAACAAUCUGAAAAUGUGACAAAUAGCAAACAUUUCAAGAAUAAUCAUAAAAAUUUUACUGACUCUUUUAAUAAAAAUACAAAUAAAUCCUUAAAAUAUCAAUGGAAAAUUUUAGGAAAUAAUGAAUCUCUUGAUUUACCUACAUAUGAAAAUGGUAAAGUGAAGUUUUUCCUCAUUAGAUUUAGGCUACUUAAUUAUAUAUAUGAUAUACCAUCUAAUAUAUUAAAUACUGAAAAUGUAAAUGAAGAUGUUAUAAGAUUAGUAAUACCCGAAAGAGUAUUACCAGCAAAUAUUAAUAAACAAGUUGAACAAGAAUUAUAUAAUGAAGAAUAUUUAGAAGUCGAAAAGAAUUUAUCGUUAAAAGGUAAAUACCAUACUAUAUAUCCAAGUAAUUAUUAUACACCAAAAAAAAAUACCACGAAUAAAGAAUAUACAUGGAAACCAUUUAAUAUACCCCAACCUCGCAAUAAUUUAUAUAUAUUUUUUAGAACAAGUAAUAAAAUUAGUCAUGAAGAAAAAAAUGAAUGUGAUUUUUUUUUAUCUUCAAUAUUAGCUAUUAAAAAUAAUACAGAUUUUCCGAUUUAUAUCUAUAAAUCAGUUCCAGGAAAUACUAAUCAAAAUGGAAUUUUUAAAGAAUAUUUUCAUAAGUACAAUAACAUUCCUUCGCCACCACCUACUUACACACUUAAAAUUGACAAAAAAAUUGAAAAAUAUAUACAAAAUAAUAUAAACAAUGAUAAUUAUAUGAAUAAAAAAAUAAGCCCAAUAAAUUCAGUUAACCAAAAUGAUACUACACAAGAAGGUCGAAAAAAAAAUACUAAACAAGUAAACGAAAAUUACCAUAAUGACACCUAUUUAUAUAUGAAUAAUAACAAAUCUUGUGCAAAUAAAAAUGAAGAUAAUAAUAAUUUUAUUAAAAAUAAGACUUAUAUGUGUGGAAGAAAAUAUAUUAAAAGUAUAUUCCCAUUAAUGAAAUUGUCUGCUAUAGAACACUACAUAUCUGGGGACAUAAAAUUCAGUUCAUUGGCCCCUUUAAAAUAUAAAAAUCAAAAAACAAAAAAAAGGAACAAAGAAAAAAAAAGGAUAAAAAAUGAACUUAAGAAAAAAUUGGUUAAACAAAAAAUUAAAGAAAUAUAUAUUAAAAAUAUAAUGAAAAAAAUAAAAAAUAAAAAAAUAAAUAAAUAUCAACAAAUAAAUUCCAAUAAUAAAAGUCAAGAAUUUCGUAGAAAACAUACGAUUUUAAAUAGAAAUAUUAUGUCUAUAAAUGAUCCCUUUUUCAAUUUUCUAAAACGAUCACCUAAUUUAGUGGAUGCACACAAACAAAAACUAUCGGCUGAAUCUUUAUCAAUUACAAAUUUAUCGAAUAUUACUUUAUCUUCAUUGCCCAAUUCUAUAUUUUCUUUUGAUACACAAACAAGUAAUAGCUGCAAUUAUGACAGUUCUUUGUGUGAUUAUGAUAAAGAUAGUUAUGAGGAGCAAGUAUUAUUAAAUGAAUAUUUUAAAAAACAUGAUGAAAAUAAAAAUGGACUAGACAUAAUCGAAAUAUCCAAUAAUACUGAUAAAUUAAUUCCUGUACCAUUAUAUUGGCUAGUAGCUGAAAAUGCAUUCAUAUGGUUAUCAAUAAAAAAUGAAAAAAUACAUAAUACGAAUUUGUAUGCUUUUUUAGACGAAGAAUAUAAUGCUGAUUAUAUAUGUACAAAAAAUACACUUGAUAAUAUUCUAAAUUACCAAUCCCCAUUUUUGCCUAAUGUAUUAAAAUUAUUUAAACCAAAUUUAAUUAGACUAAAAAAUCAUCUAUUAUAUGAAAAUAAAAUGUUAACACAAAGUAGCAUCAAUAAAAAUGAUAAUAAUAAUAAUAAUCACAAUUGUAUCAAAAAAAGUGUUCAUACUGGAGUAAAUCAAAAUUCCAUUAAUAUUAACGAUAAAAAUAAUGUUAAUUCUAUUGAAAAUUAUAAUUUAAAUUAUUUUAAUUUAAAAGAAUUAUAUUUUACUGCAACUAUCAUUAGUGUAUAUAAUCCAAAUUAUGUAUUAAAUAAAAAAGAUGCUCAUAACUUUUAUCAAAUUAAUAUUGACCAUUCUUUAAUGAUUAACAAUGGAUUACCAAAAACUAUGCAUUUUAAAUAUGAAAUAUAUCAUAGUAAACUUAAAAAGGAAGUUAAAAAAACGUUGAAUUCAUUUUCAAGUUAUUAUUCGACAGACAAAUCAAUUGAAUACCAAAGUUCAACCACUAUUGACAAAUCUUUUUCAUUAGAAAGUAUAAAUAAAAAUCACAAUAUUGAUCAUCCUAUAAACACUGCUUUAAGUAAUGAUGAAAAUACACCCACAUAUGAUAAAAAACAUGGAAAAUUUGAUAAUGAUGAUCAUGAAAUAAACAAAAUUCAAUUAAAUAAUACAUUUGAUAAUCUAGAGAAUCAAAUUGAUACACACGAUAAUAACAACAAUAAAUCUUCGUUUAACAGUAUUUUGAAUGAUAUAAACACGUUAAACGCAGGGGAAAAAAUGGAUGAAAAACAUAAUGAUGAAACGCAGAAAGAAAAAGAAAGUGAAGAAAAAAAACAACUUGCUGUUUCUAUUGCCAAAUUUAAUGAAAAUCUAUGGAAUGAAAACAAUAAAUCAGACCAUGUAAAUUAUGAAGACGAAAUGCAUCCUAAAAGUAGUGCGACUAAUAUAACGAAUGAUAAAAAAUUAUUUAUUAAAAAAAAUACGAAUAAAAAAAAUGUUUAUAUAUAUAAAAAUAUAAAUGAAGAAAAUGCACAAAGAAAUUCAUUAUUGCAAAAAAAUAAUUUUAUUGUAAAUAUAAAAAAUGAAAUCGAUAAAGAUAUUUAUGAAAUUAAAAUUGAUCCAGGACAAAGUAUAAGACUUCCAUUUAUUCCUAAUACUGCUAAUAUAUCUUUUGACGGAUAUUACUCAAACCCCAUUUCAAUUAAUUAUCCUAAUAAAAAGGGUCGAGAAAAAAUCAUUUUGGAAAAAUCAAUAACACAUGAUAUCGAUUCGUUUUUUACCCUUGAUUGUGAAGAAUCCACUAUCGAAAAUAAAAAUGAGCUGAGAAAAAAUAAUAAUUUAAAAUGCAUAAAUACUACUAUUAAUAAUAAUGUUCUUAGUACUGAUAUUAAUUCCCAGAAAUGUGCUAUCGAACAAAAUGAGCACAAAAACACUAUGCUAACAAAAACGAAUGUUUUAAGUCCAUCCAAAACAUCAAUUGGAAUAAAUCCAGAUAAUAUACAGACAACCAUUGAUUCAUUAAUAGAUGACAAAAAUAUUUUGGAUAAAUAUGUGGAUCAUAAUAAAAAAUCAAAAUAUGACGAAUAUCAAAAUAAGCUAACUAUAUGGGCAAUUUUCAAUGAUUUUUAUGAAACGACAAAAAAUAGAUAUCAAGAUAUAUCUUUGAAAAAAAUACAUCAUGGGACAUGUAUAUUGUCAUGCACAUUUUUUGUUUCGGCUUGUGUCAUAAAUAGAUUAAACUAUCCUAUUAAAAUAAAAAGUUUAAGUAAUAAUAAUGAAAUUGUUAUUGAACCAUACGUCAGAAAACUAUUAUCAUGUGAAUUUUCCUCGUACCGAAACAAAGUAGUUAUACCACUUGAAACCUUAAAAGAAGUGGAAAAUUUGAUGAAUUACCCACUAAAAAGGAACAUUAUUAAAAAAAAACUAUUGAAAAAAACAAGAAAUAGCCUUGAUAAAACCAAUAGGAACAUAAUAACCCACAUUACUGAUAUUGAUCGUAAUAUUGACAAUUGCAGAGAUUGUAAUAAAAAUAAUAGCAAUAGUAAUAACGCAAUCAUUUCAGAAAAUAAGAAUAUAAACAAUAGCAAUAAUCGUAUAUCUAAUGAAAUUACACAAGUUAACGACUCUGCAAUCAAUGAACAAGUCCUCGAUGUGCAAGAUAGCACAAAAAAUCAGGAAUUAAAAAAAAAUAACGAAAUAAAUUUCGAAAAUGAUUGUGGGCAAAAUAAUAUACCAAAACAAACAGAAUACGAUAAAGCAAAUAUUUUUAUUGACGUCAAAAAAAACAAAAAGCAACAUUGUUUUUUUUACCGAAGUAAUAUUAAUAAACCAUUAGAGUCAGAAAGUUUCAAACUAACAGACUUGUCAAUAACUCGAUUAGAAUGUAAUAAUAGAAGUAAAAACAUUCCACAAUUAAAAUAUAGUAUUUAUAUGUCUAUUGCACCUAUGCCCUUUUUCAGAACAACCGUAAUGGAGAUAUUACCUUACAUUGUUAUUAUAAAUAAUACAAAAACAAAUUUAAUUUUUCAAGAAUAUAUAAAAAAUUAUACUUAUUUUAAAUAUAAUACAAUAGAACCAGGGAAACACGUAGAAUUUCAUCCACAAUCAAAAAAAAAAGCAAUGCUAAAAAUGUGUGGAAUAUUUGAUAAUGGCAUUAAUUAUAUAAUAGACGAUUUUUUACAAAAGGAAUUAUAUUUAGAAAGAUUAGAAAAGCAAAAUAAAAAUAUAUUAAAUGUAAUAAAAAAAAAUGGUAGUAUUAAUUCUAAUAAAAAUACACAACAUAAAAAAAUUGACAAAAAAAUUGGAAAUAAUGAUAUAUUAAAUUUACCACAAAAAUUAAGUGCAUUAAUUGAUAUGGGAAAAUAUAAUGAAAUAGGAAAAAAUAUUAAUUCUGUAAAAUAUGAUGAUAUUAUUCGGAAUAAUAAUAAAUAUAAUGACAUAAAUAAGCAUGAUAAUACCAUUUUUAAUAAUAUGAAUAACAAUUUUUUACCAAAAAAUAUUUUUUCUAGUACUGAUACAAAUAGUGAAGCAGGCACAAUUUCACGCCGAAACACAUUUAAACAAAAUAAUACAACUGUUAAUAAAUCGCAAAAAAUUGAUGAUUUAAAAUUUUUAUUUUGGUCAGAAUCUCUUGAUUUAACAAGAGUAGGCAUAGUUUACUUUCGUCAUCCUGUAAUAUCAUAUGAAAAUUUUAAAAAAGAAGAAAUGAAACUAAAAAUGCUUAAUUAUUUAUUAAAAAAUAAUGAUAAAAAAAAUGAUAACUAUUUAAACAUAUACAACGAAUUGAUCAAAUAUAAGGAUAUACCAUAUGAAUAUUCAUGUUGCUCAAUGGAAGUAACAACUUUUAAAGGAUGCAAAUUUAUUCGUUUUCAAGAUAUUGAUGUUGUUCCAUAUUAUUUAAUAAACUUAACUAAAUAUGAUUUAAAUUUAAAACAAAUCGGUAUUUUCGAACAUUCAGAAAUAUUACACAAAAUACCGAAAAAGGAGCAAAAAACGUUCGAUGAAAUAUUUAAAAAUUAUGCACUUAAUUUUUCUUUUUACAAUCCAUAUAAAGAAACGAAAUUGAAAAUAAGUAUAUUAGCAUCUUGUACAAAAAAAAACAAAAAUAAAGGCGGGAAAAAAAAAAAUAAAAAAAAAACCAAGAAAAAAACAGACAACGGAAUUAAUAAGCUAACUGGAUAUUCAAAUGAUAAAUAUGCAAAUUUAAAAUAUGUAAAAAAAUUGAAAAAUCACUUAACAAAUAAAAUAAAUUAUUUAAAUUUUCUUUCUACUAAUUAUGUGAAGUCUAAUGAAAAUGCUAAAAUCAUAAAUGAUCAAAUUUUUAGAUUAAAACUAUUUUCAAAACAGAUUGAAAAAUUAAAUGAUGGGAAUAUGGAUAUAGUUGACCUAGAAAGCUCAAAUAAUAUCACAUUAUUAAAUCUAAAAUUAGGAGACACAUUUAUAUAUGUAUCUUGUACUAAAAAGACUUAUAAUGGAAAAACAAUUUUAUAUUUUGAGAAUUAUAAUGACUUAAUAAAUAACCUUUUAAAUUUUAGUAGCAUACCAUUUAAUAACAAUUAUAAUCAUAAUUUAAUAAAAUCAUAUAAAUUUAUUAGAAAUAAAAUAAAUAAUAUAUAUCUAAAAGGAAAGAAUAUAAAAUUGAAUAAAUUUCCUUCAAUGGAAUAUAAAAAUAUGUCGAAUUUAAAAAAUAAAAAAAAAGAGAACUCGAAACUUAGAUAUUUACUUAAUUUAUUUCAUAAAAAUGGGAAAAAUCAGUUGUAUAAAAAAGAAACAAAUACAUAUAUUAGUAAUACUAUUAAAUAUUUAAAUUCAAACAAAGCUAAUAAAACAUUAGAUAAAUCACAACAUAUAACAUUAAAUUUGAAUGUCUUUGCACAUUUUAUAUUUAAAGGAUUAGGAUUAAGCAUUAGUAAUCAUAAUUUAGAGGAAAUACUAUAUUUAUCUAUGGAAUAUAUUUUAAUAGUUUAUAAACAAAUAAGUGAAAAUGAUUUAUUACAUAUAAAUGUUGGAUGGUUGCAAAUAGAUAACCACACAAAAAAUAGCGAUUACAAAAAUGUUAUGUUACCAAUACCAGAUUUACACAAAUCGGAAAAAAAUAAAGAAAAUAAAAAUGAACAAGAUAUAAAUUUAGAGUAUAACACUAGUAUAAGUAUUAUUGAUAAACUUAAGAAAAAUAAUGACGAUAAUAAAAAAACAAUAUAUGAAAAUGAAAAAUACAAUAGUAAACUAAACAAAUCACAUAUUUACUAUACGAACAAUAGUAAUCAAAAUUUUUCAAAAAGCUAUUCUUAUAACAUAUUAAAUAACUUAUAUUAUGAUAAAGAGAACAAACCCAACAAACAUAAAGAUGAUGAUAAUUUAUAUUUUGACGAAAGUCGUCUAUUAGUUAGUACUAAUAAAAAUAGCCCUUUAUACAAUUCUUAUAAGAUUUAUAUACCAUCGUUUUUUUACAUUGAAUAUAAUUCUAUACUUAGUAUUACAAUUAUUAAAAAAAGAAAAGGAAAUAUGAAAAAUUUUCUUGAACUAUCAGAAAUAAAAGUAAAAUUAUCACCUAUGAGUAUAAAUAUUGAUUCUUAUUUUAUUAUUGAAAUGCUAAAAAUAUUUGAUGAACUUUUAAAAAUAUUAGACUAUGAUUUAAAUGAUUAUAAUUCUCUUAAUGUCGAAAAAAAUAUAGAAAUACAAGAUACAAAUUUUGAUUGUUUAGAAUACAAAAAAAAUAUUGGUCCAUUGGAAGAGUUGAUCAAGAAUUUCAUAUCAAAGGAUUAUCAUUUAUAUGAAAAACUAGCUAACAUUAAAUUUAAGGAUGUAUAUAAAAAUAUACACGAUAAAACAUAUGAUGGAAAAAAUUUACUUCAUUAUAAUACGAACGAUAAUAUAAUAGAUAUUCGAACACAUUUAACCAUGGCUACCCAAUGCAAAGAAUUAGAAAAAACACAUACCAUUGUAGAUGGUACAGAAUUUAAAUAUAAGGCAAACUCAAAUGAUAUGUUAACCAAAUCGGUGUGUGAUGACAAAAAAAGGGAUUCAAUUUUGGGAAAUGAUAACAUUUAUUCGAUUAUAUGUGAAGAUCAAAAUAGGAAAAUAACCAACAAUAUAGAUAGACAAAGUGAUGAAAGGAAUAACAAUAAUGGUUAUGAUAAUAAUAGUUAUAAUAAAAAUGAUAAAAUUCAUGAAAGUGGUCUAAAUUCGGAAUAUAAAAAUUCAAUUGUGGAUGUGGAGAACGAUAUUGAAAAGGGUAUUCAACAAAAUGAUGAAGGCAAAUUUGAACUAUUUGAAAAUCCUCAAAAGAACAAAGAAGUCGAAAAUAAAAUCGAUAACUUUGACCAAACCAUACUACUAAACGAAGAAAAGGUAAAUUAUUUACAGACAUAUAUGAAAAAUUACAAAGCAGUUUUAAAUAAUAGAAAAAAUAUUUUAAAAAUAAUCCAGAAUAUUAACAUGAAGAAUGAUUUAACAAAUUUUGAAAAUAUAUUUAUAUCAAAAUUAGAAAUAAAUGAAAUAAAAUUAAUAAUAAAUAUAAAGAACAAAAGUUUAAGUUAUGAAAAAAAAAGUGAAAUAAUGGAUUCCAAUAUAAUGAAUGCAUUAACUUUGUUAAUUAUGAAUAUACCAAAUAUUAGUGAUGCACAUUUAUAUUUUGAAAAAGAAAUAAAAAAAAAUAUGUGCGGGUCUUUAUAUGCUUUAAUGCUUAACGAAAUUAUGAACGAUUAUAUAAAUAAUGGAAUGAAUCAAAGAUUUAAUGUUUUAGGUGCAAUCGAUUUUAUAGGAAAUCCAUUAAGUAUUUAUAAGCAUUGGAAAAAGGGUUAUCAACAAUUUAUUAACGAUUUAAAAAAAAGUGUUGAUUCAUGUUCUUUCCCAUUAUUAUUUUGCAUACUUUUAUUAAAUAUAAUAGGAAGUUUUGGAAAAAGUAUAUUAGCAGGUAUAUUAGAAGGUGUAAGUCGAUUUUGUGCCAGUUGGAAUACUUGUUUUGAAAGAUUUUCAAGAAAUGCUGAUAAUUUUAGUAUAAUAACUAAUAGUAAUUUAUUUCAAAAUGAAAUAUUAGAUCAACCAUCAAAUAUAGGAGAAGGGGUAUAUUAUGGUUGUCAAUCUUUUUUACACAUUUUAACAAUUAGUUUUUUUAAUAUCAUUUAUAAACCAUAUAUAGCAUUAAAAAAAAGAAAUAGAGGAUUUAGAAAGAAUGAAAAAAAAGGGAAAUUAAAAAUAUCUAUCACAAAUUUUAAAUUAUUACUAUUUGCAAUAUUUAGUUCUUUUAGUAGUUUAUUUUUUGGUUUUUUUAAUGGAAUUCUUUCAUUUUUUACAUUUUUAUUUAUUGGCACAUUAAAUCAAAUACAAACAUUACCAAUGAAAUCUAUUGUCAGACCACCAAAAAUGAGUGUCAUAAAAGAAUAUGCAAAAUUUGUUAAUUAUGAAUAUCCAUUAUCAUUUUCAAGUUAUAUCAUAAAUGAAAAAAAAAAAAAAAAAAAAGAUUUAUUAAAAAAAAAUGUUAUAGCUAUUAUACUUUUAUACAAAAUAAAAAAUAAUAACUCUAAUACAAUUAAAAACUUCUUAUGGGUCAAUAAUAGAGAAAUUGGAUAUUGCGAAAAGGAUAAAUUGUUGUGGUCAAUAUAUAUUAAUUGGAUUAUCAAAGUAGAUAUUUUGUUAAUUCAAUUAGAUAAUGGAGAAAUGAAAAAAUGCACAUUUAUAAACCCUGAAAAUUGUAAGGAAAAACAAGCUGAACAAAAUGGCGAUUGCGUUGAAUCUAACGAAUAUAAAAAUUAUGAAGAAAAUAAAGGAGACAACCAAAAAAAAAUAAAAGAAUCGAAUAAUGAUCAUAGUAAAAAAAACGAUGAAAAUAGUAAAUGGGCCUUUUUACAAAAUUUGUUUACUCCAAAACAUUAUAGACAACUUUUGGAUUUCACCCCAUCCUAUUAUAUAAGAAUAUUAUAUAAAUCUGCAUAUAAAGAAAACAGUCCAUAUGAUAGAAAUAAAAUUAUUAACUAUGACCUUAACAAAAAAAAUGAUAUUAGUUGUAAAAUUAAAAAGACCUUUAAAAAAAAUAAAUACGAAAAAUAUUUUGAGGAGGCAUUUAAAAAGGAACAUAUGCUAUACGAGGAAAAUUCCGAAAUUAACGAACGUGAUAAUAAUAUGGAAAAUGGAGAAAAAUAUACAAAAUAUAAACAAAAUAAUAAUGAAAAUGCAAAAAAAUCUAGUUCUAAUAAAAAUAAUUAUUAUUUUAAGCAAACAAGUUCCUCAGACGAUAAUGAUAAUAAAAGGGAUAUAACUUUCACAUUGCAAACAGAAGCCAUUCAAAAUGAAAAAAAUAAAAAUAAAAAUGAAAAAAAUAAAAAUAAAAAUAAAAAAAACAAAGAUAUUUAUCAGCAUAACCAGGAAAAACAUAAAAUAGAACAUAAAAAGCCCCAAAAAAAUCAACUUAAAAAAAGAAAAAAACAAAAAUAUUUAUAUAUUUCAAAAUUAGUAAAAUGUGAAUCUAAGGAAGUAGCUCUUCACGCUUUUUCCCUUCUUCUUUCUUUUAUUAAACACAAGUCACCUUACUAUUUAAACCCGAGACAUUAG